AUGGCAGCCGCAGGAUUGAUCCGAAGCCAGCGAGCGUUACACGGGCGUAUCUCGCGCACCGUGGAUAAUCUGAAGAAACUCGGCCAGGCGAAUAUCACGACGGGAGCCGUCGAAGCUCGUUUGGCAGGGUUGGAGAAGUACUGGUUGACCUUUGAGAGCCAGCACGAAACACUUCUACGAGAACACUGGGAUACCCUCAGCGAGGACGAUUACGUAACCGGAGAUUUUAUCUCGAUAGUCGAGGAAGCGUAUUACGUCAACAAGGGCAUCCUGAACGACUUCGCCGCUCAGGCAGCGCGUUCCGGAGAAGCGAGCACCUCAUCGACGACCACGGUUACCGUCAGCGAGGGAACCUCGCACAGGACGACCUUACCACGUAUCCAGCUACCGCAGUUCUCCGGAAAAUAUAAUGAGUGGAACUCCUUUCGAGACCUCUUCCUCUCGAUCAUGGGACAGGAUGUCUCGACCUCAUCGGUGGAGAAACUUCACUAUCUUAAGACGUGUCUCAAGGGUGAGGCAGCAUUACUCAUCCGCAACGUGCCGACGACGGCGGAGAACUUCGAGCGCGCUUGGAACACUCUGGUACGACGAUUUGAAAACAAGCGGCUACUGGUACGUUCUUUUCUGAGCAAGUUUCUCGCAUUGCAUCGAAUAAAGGGUGAGUCAGCCUCAGAACUGAGUAAUCUAUACAAUCGCGUUCGAAGCACGGUGGAUUCGCUCGAGAGUAUCGGACGACCGGUCACCAGUUCGGAAGAUUUCUUUGUGCAUUCCAUUGUUGAAUUGCUCGAUCCGCAUUUGCGACGCGAGUGGGAGAAUUCUAUAAACGACUCGACCGACCCACCGUCAUAUAUCGAACUGCAGCGGUUCAUCGAAAGCCGGCUGCAGACUCUCGAGGCGUUGCAACCUUCAAAAUCGGAAAUCGGCGGUACCAAGACGGGUUCGACCGCGGCCCGUCAAUCGCGAACGCUGCAUACGCGGCAGCAAGAAGUUAAACGCGGCCGCUGUUCCAUGUGUCGUCAGGAUCAUUUUACGAUGGCCUGCGACACGUAUAAGUCCAAGACCGCCGUCGAACGGAAGAAACUCGUCGAAGCGAAAGAUUUGUGCGUCAAUUGCCUCGGCCGGCACAAGGUCAGCGAGUGCGCUUCGACGAAACGCUGCGCAUCCUGUAACGAGCAGCAUCAUUCGACGAUGCAUGACGCUUUCCGCCAGAGUGAGGCUGCACUCACAACUGGCUCCGAGUCAUGUCUCGUUACGGAGGCGCUAGUUCAAGGUUUGCAACUGCCGCGAACUCGGGCUUCCGUAGCCAUAUACGAGGUCGGCAGAGUUCAAACGGGAAGCGCUCGAGGUCUCGUCACACUGCAGGUCUCCCCGCUGGAAAAGGGGCCCACGCUGUCCGUUCCUGCGUUGGUUUUCCCUCAGCUCAGCAUCUACGAGGGAACUGUGGAAGCGAGUACCAAAACCUGGAAUCAUUUGCACGGUCUGGAGCUCGCGGAUCCGGAAUUCUUGGCGACCGAUCCCGUCGACCUCUUGCUGGGAGUGGACUUCAUUGCCCUUACUCUUCUCGAAGGAGUGCGUAGAGGGGGACCCCAAGAGCCUGUGGCGCAGCAAACGACCUUCGGUUGGAUGCUGUUUGGGCCUACCGGCCAAGCUGAGCCCGCGUGCCGCGUUGCCGCCAAUACCUGCCGGGUGGAGGAGAACCUGACCGCUCUUGUUUGCGAUUUUUGGAAACAAGAAGAGCUUCUCUCUACUACGCCUCCGCUUUCCCAAGAAGACCGUCAGUGCGAGGAGAUGUUUCGCCUGACUCACACUCGCACGGAAGAAGGACGCUAUGUUGUCCGACUUCCCACCAAGGAGCCGCUACCGGACUUCACCGCUACGCGCAUCUCGGCCUUGCGCGUGUUUAAGAGCAUGGAGAGACGGUUCGCCCGAGAGGAACGUUUCCACCAUCUCUACCGAGACUUCAUGACGCAAUACCGAGAGCUGGACCACAUGUCUCGCGUUGUCCAGGAGGAGGGAACGAGCCGAGUUAUUAAUUAUCUUCCUCAUCACGGAGUCAUGAGAGAGGCGAGUGCGACAAUGAAACUCCGCGUAGUGUUCAAUGGCUCAACCCCCACUCCUGCUGAUUGCACGCUUAACCAGUGCUUAAUGACCGGCUAG